UGCGGGCCGGUCCUCCUCACGGCCCCCGCCGCAUGAGGCGGGCAGAAGGGCCGGCAGCCCCCGCCCGCCGCCGGUCCGGUUCGAUCCGCUCCGCUCCUCUCGGGCGCGUGAACCCCCCGGCGGCUCCGAGGCGCGGGGAGGGGGGUGAACCCUCUUCCUCCCGGCCCUCCUUCCUCCGCGGGCAGAAAUCAGACACCGGGACGGCCCCGCGCAGCCCUUCUGGGGAGCGGCGCCGGAGUGCGGGCGGUGCCGGGAGGCCGCUCCGCCGCUGCCCGGCCAUGCCGCGGCCCGGCUGAGCGCAGCCCUCCCGCAACAUGCCAUGCGUCCCGCCUAGCUGGGCGGCGAGCGGCUCAUUCUGGCUUCUCGUCCUUCACGUCCCGGCGCUGUGCGGGACGGCCGGGUCGCUUUUCCCCGACGGAAGGCAAGAGCAAUUUAUCAAGACACUGCAAGAAUACGAAGUGGUAGAUCCAGCAAGAGUAGAUGCAAAUGGGCAUUUUGUUUCUUUUAAUUUACACCAUCACAUCUCAAACACAAGAAAGAAGAGAGAUAUCGACAAAAAAGAGAAUGCAAUAUAUUAUAAAAUUAACCACAAGGAGAAGGAUCUGUUUUUCAACUUGACUAUCCACAUGGGAUUUCUUUCCCACAACUACGUAGUAGAGAGGAGACAUGGCAACCACAGUCGUGCGAAGAUUGCAAUGCACUCAGGAGUUCCUUGCCACUUUAUUGGCACAGUAUUGCAACCAGGUUCAGGGAGUGGAACAGCAGCAAUCAGCACUUGCAAUGGCUUGACUGGAUAUUUCCAUCUGCCUCAUGGGGAUUACUUCAUCGAGCCCAUUAAAAAUCAUCUACAGAAAAAAGGAAAACCCCAAGCCCACAUUAUCUAUGAAGCAAAAACCCUCCAAAAUGCUCUACGGAGAAGACGAGCAAUCCCAGUGGAAGAAGAACAAGCAUGUGGAGUGAAUGACACUCUUAACUUUUUCAAACAAGAAGAUCAUCGGAGGGAGAAAUGGGAACAAAAUCACGUAGCUGUCAGAAGGGUUUCUCGGCGAUCUGUCAGCAAGGAGCGAUGGGUGGAGACACUUGUGGUUGCAGACAGUAAGAUGGUUGAAUAUCAUGGAAGCGACCAUGUGGAAUCAUACAUCCUCACUAUAAUGAAUAUGGUCACAGGGUUGUUCCACGAUCCAAGCAUUGGCAAUGCGAUUCACAUUGUGCUGGUCCGGCUCAUCCUUUUUGAGGAGGAGGAGCAAGGCUUGAAGAUAGUUCACCACGCUGAUAAGACACUAGCCAGCUUCUGCAAAUGGCAAAAGAGUGUCAAUCCUAAGAGUGACAUCAACCCUACACACCAUGAUGUGGCUGUUCUUCUAACAAGAAAGGACAUUUGUGCUGGCAUGAAUCGUCCGUGUGAAACCUUAGGUUUAUCUCAUCUGUCAGGCAUGUGUCAGCCUCACAGAAGCUGCAACAUCAAUGAAGAUUCUGGUCUUCCGUUGGCGUUCACUAUUGCUCAUGAACUUGGACACAGUUUCGGUAUCCAGCAUGACGGAAAAGAGAAUGACUGUGAGCCUGUUGGAAAGCGCCCGUACAUCAUGUCCCGACAGUUGCAGUAUGAUCCUACUCCACUCACCUGGUCACAGUGCAGCAAGGAGUACAUCACACGAUUCCUAGACCGAGGAUGGGGAUUCUGUCUGGAUGACAUCCCCCAAAAAGAAGUUUUAAAGUCCCCAAUCAUUGCUCCAGGGGUGAUUUAUGAUGUGCAUCACCAGUGCCAGCUUCAGUAUGGUUCCAAUGCUACUUUCUGUGAAGAUGUGGAUAACCUCUGCCAAACACUCUGGUGCUCAGUGAAAGGCUCCUGCCGCUCUAAGCUGGAUGCUGCUGCAGAUGGAACUCGGUGUGGAGAAAACAAGUGGUGCUUCUCUGGUGAGUGCAUUACAGUAGGCAAAACUCCAGAAGCAGUCCACGGUGGAUGGGGCGUUUGGUCAUCCUGGUCCCAUUGCACAAGGACCUGUGGGGCAGGAGUUCAGAGCGCAGAGAGACUAUGUGAUAACCCAGAACCACAAUUUGGAGGAGACUACUGCACUGGAGAAAGGAAACGCUAUCGUGUCUGUAACAUUAGCCCCUGUCAGAAAGGCUUGCCAACUUUUCGCCAGAUGCAGUGCACUGAGUUUGACACAGUUCCCUACCAAAACGAGUUUUACCAUUGGGUGCCAGUUUAUAACACAGCUAAUCCCUGUGAACUCCACUGUCGCCCAAUAGAUCACCAUUUUUCAGAGAAGAUGUUGGAUGCAGUCACUGAUGGUACUCCCUGCUUUGAAGGAAGGCACAGCCGAGAUAUCUGUAUUAAUGGCAUGUGUAAGGCUGUUGGCUGUGAUUAUGAGAUAAAUUCCAAUGCCACUGAAGACCAGUGUGGAGUUUGCUUGGGAGAUGGCUCUGCCUGUCAUACAGUAAAAAUGACAUUUAAUCAAAGUGAAGGAUUUGGAUACGUUGAUAUUGGAUUAAUUCCAAAAGGUGCAAGGGGUAUCAGAGUCACAGAAGUUGCAGAAGCAGGCAAUUUCCUUGCUGUGCGAAGUAAAGAUCCAGAAAAAUAUUACCUGAAUGGAGGUUUUAUCAUCCAGUGGAAUGGUGAAUACAAAGUAGCAGGAACAAUAUUUCAGUAUGACAGGACAGGUGAUCUAGAAAAUCUGACAGCUCCGGGACCCACCAAUGAAUCAAUAUGGAUUCAGCUACUUUUUCAAGAGACUAACCCUGGGAUCAAGUAUGAAUAUACUGUUCGUAAAGAAGAAAAUCAUGAGAAUGAGAUUGGAGAGCCAGAGUAUUUUUGGCAGUAUGGAGAGUGGACAGCCUGCACUGUUACUUGUGGAAGAGGGGUGCGUCGCCAGAUUGCCCACUGCAUGCGGAAGGGAGGUGGAGCGAUCAAGAACUCCUUCUGUGACCCAGCCACACAGCCAAAUGGACGACAGAAGAAGUGCUAUGAAAAGGAUUGUCCACCAAGAUGGUGGGCAGGUGAAUGGCAGAAAUGUUCAACAACAUGUGGCCCGACAGGACAGAAGAAGCGAGCUGUACUUUGCAUCCAAACAGUGGGAUCUGAUGAGCAGGCAUUGGCUGUCACAGAAUGCCAGCACCUGCUUAAACCAAAGACCCAUUUGUCAUGCAACAGAGAUGUCUUGUGCCCAUCCGACUGGACAGUGAGCAACUGGACUGAGUGCACAGUUACUUGUGGUGGUGGGAUAAGGACUCGCAGUGUCACCUGUGCCAAAAAUAAUCAUGAGCCAUGUGAUAGUUCCAAAAGACCAAACUCUAAAGCCCUGUGUGGUCUCCAGCAAUGUCCUUCUGCUAGAAGAUUCCUGAUACCCCCACAGGUACCUAGAAGAGGAAAGAUCAUAAUCCGAAAAACUAUGAAUCCCAAGUGGAGCCCACCUCGCAGAAUACCCAUUCCUGUUCCAAGCCCAAGGUUCCAUGCAACAACAAGAAUUCCCAAGCCUGAAACUAUAACUCCCUCGCCUACAUCCUCUGGUUUAGAUAAAAUCCCACAAAAAGAAGAAACCACCAACGUAACAUUACAAAAUAAGUUUGCUGGAUCAAGUGAUAUUUACAAUUAUCCUGUUUUUUCUACUGAAAAUAGUUUUCAUCAAAAUACUACUUCAUGGCCUUUUCCUAGUAGCUUAAGUACUGAAAUUAUAAAGCAUGCUGGAAAGGUUUCUAAAAGUGAGACAGUUUCUACUGUAGGGGAUGAGUUGCAAAACAGUGACGACACUCCUGUCUCUUCUUUUACAAAUAGUCCAGAAAUAACUUCCAGCUAUGAUUACUUAACUGAAGAAUCUGAUGAUGUUGAUGGGUCAACAGAAGGCAGUGAGAAACCAACUGAUUUCCUUCAUAGCACAGAACACAAUCUGGAAAUCAGAACCAGGAGCACAAUGCUAGAUACCAACUCUCCCGUCCUUCAAAAUGGGGAUGUGACUUCUCAUCUCCCCCCCUUAUCUCAUCCCCAAGAACCUUCUAUGCCCCUUCCUGAUGGUAGAGCAGCACAAGGAUUGACAACAGCAAGCACUAUCAGUCUGCAAGUUGAUGUGCCCAUCAGAGAAGUAACUACCCAAGAAGCGUCUGUUACAGUAGUGCCCACCACAUUUGGUAAAGUAUGGAGAGGACAAGCUGACAGCAGAACAGAAAUGAAGCUCCCUGACAUCGUAACCUCCAGCACGCAAUUGUUAGUAAACAAGCAUGCUCUCAAGAACCACAUGGAAACAUCUGAGAGGAUUGUGAUGAAUGUCACAGAAAGUAGCCUCCUAACAAUAUCCAACAGUUUGCCUGGUGAUGCCUACUGGAUAGUAGGGAACUGGAGUGAGUGCUCUACCACUUGUGGAAUGGGGGCUUUCUGGAGACACGUGGAAUGCAGCAGCAAGAAUGUAUCUCAUUGUCAGCACGCAAAGAAGCCGGAUCAUGCCAGAAAAUGUUACCUCCGCCCAUGUGCUAGCUGGAAAACAGGAAAUUGGAGCAAGUGCUCUGCCUACUGUAAUGGAGGCUUCAAGACCCGAGACGUUCAGUGCAUCGACAGUCGUGAGAAGCAACUUCUCAGGCCUUUUCAUUGCCAAUUACUUGGAUAUAAACCACAACUCACUACUAGUUGCAAUACGGAGCCUUGCUUGCAGUGGCGAGUGGAACCUUGGAAUGAGUGCACUGUUUCCUGUGGAGGAGGCAUUCAGCAAAGAACCGUGAAGUGCAGGAAUAUAGAAACCGAUGAAACAGAAGAUGACAGUAUGUGUGUGGAUAAGCCCAAGCCAUCAGAGCAUCAGCAGUGCAAUCAGCGAGCAUGCAGAAAAAGUGCAGGCCUCCCCUGCAGCAAAGAUCAACUGUCAAUUCACUUCUGCCAGAGGCUGAGAGGCAUUGGCAAGUGCUUGGUGCCUUCAAUACAAUUGCAGUGCUGCUCCACAUGUAACCAUCCCCGAAUUCGUAACAAAGCAAAAUACUGGGAUCAGCGAGGCCUCAAACAACAUUAUGCUAAAUCUAGAAGAAAGUCACCUCAGAACCAAGAAAACAACAGCCAAGCUGCUCAGCACUAGCUGCUUUUUAGCUAGUUAAUUUCAAUAGGGCUUCUGUUUACAAGUUUUAUGUGUCUUUGUGUGUUUUUCUGAACCGUCCAACAUAAAUGAAAAUCUGUGAUCACAGCUGGGAAAACACUUUCCUUAGGGUUACCAGUCCUAAUUUACUGCUUCAAUUUCUUAUCUGUAGAAGUCCAAGAUUUGUAACAUAAUUUGCAAUGUGCCAUCAGUUAGUACUUAGGCAUGCAUAGAGGCUAUAGACAAGCUUGGAAUAAUUCUUUUUAAUUAAUGUUUUGCUUGCUCUCUUCCAUCUUUUUUCCAAAACCAGCUUGAAACAGCAGCACCACCUAACUCGUGAGCCCAAUGAAGGAUGAUGGGGCAGCCAACACAGACUUGCGCUGUGGGCCAGAUCCCCGUGUUCUCACUCAUUUUUAUAUUCUUUUUUAUUUUAAACAAAUGAGGUGAAGUGGCAGUGUUCCUCUCAAUCAUUUGCACACUUCAGUUCUUAAAAAAUUAAAAGCAGAGUUUUGUUAUUAUUGAUGUGCAGGCCGUACAGCAAAAAAAAAAAAAAAAGUUAUUUUUUAAAAGAAAAAUUGUUCACUUAUUCCUUGACUGAACAUCUAAAGGAUACCUCAGAAACAGCCUGUCCUGACCAGUUUUCUCCUACUGCAAUUGUCUUGUUGUAACCUAUAACAACCCAUCAAAAUUGGAAUUUCCCAAAUGUGUUUUAAGCAACAUUCCUUUCUUCUAUGAAAGCAAAGCUUUUUGCAUCUCCCAUAUGAAUGUACUGAGUAUCAGUGUGAAUUAUUUAUCUGAGAUAGCAGUACUGUUUAACCCAAUAGCUCCUUGAAGAGCAUAAAAUCACAUCCAUGUUAUUGUUACUCACAGAAAAUUUUUCCCCCCUAUCUAUCAGUAAUCAUAGCAAAAGGUAACACCUUUUUAGGAACCUGAGAGCCAGAGUAUCUGCAUAGCACAAUUCUGGACCUCAGCCAUUAAGACAGCUCUAGGCAAAUAGUUCUUUGCUAUUGAAGGAAAUGGCAGAACAACUGCUAGGGGGGCCAGACUGGAUUCUUCAAAGCAUAUCUGGGCAUUUUCAACAGAGGUAGACAGAGCCUAGCAAUUAGCUUGAAAUUCAGUAGAAGUUGGACACCUUGAGUCUUCAUACUCUUCUGAAUAUCUCAGAUUUAUUCCCUAACUACCUUGGACAAUUUGAGAUUGUAAUACAGGGAAAUGUCUUAUCUUAUACAAUGCAGAGUGAAAUACAUAGCCAUGAACUGAAGUGUCACUGAGCUUACAGAGCUAUGACUAGCUAAUAGUCCUAUUUCUACACAAACCUGUAUGGAAGUUAAUCAAAACACUUGGGCCUGGCUUUGUUGUAUUAACUUAAUACAGAAGACCAUAAGUCUAAUUGCCCUUUUUUGUGGGUUUGUGGCCUUUGGAUAAGGGUUCACUUCUUCACUUGAAGUAUCUGGGAGUUUAGGAUACGCAGCAUGGUAAGAUUAGAUUUACUAAUCUCUGUGAUGGCAAUGUAACCCCAGUUAUAGGUGCUGAUAAAACUUAAAAUCCACUGUUAAAAACAUGGUGCUAGUACAAUAGACAUGGGGGAUGACUUACAGAGGUGCAUGUGCGUGCAGGCCUACGGGCACGCACUCUUAAACAAUACAUAUCCAUGGUGUUGCUGGCCAAUGCCAGGCAUAUUGUUUUUUCAGUAUUACAGGUGCUUGUGUCCUUCUGAGGUCCUGAAUUGGCCCAUUGAACAAUAGAAAUCAGGUUGGUUCAUGUUGCACAGGACAUAAAAAUACUGAAGUAUGUGGAGUAUGGAGGCAGUUGUCUGAUGGCCAAACAAAACUGACUGACGGUCACGAGGAAUGCAUACUGGAGGUCAGCAGAGGGACCACCAGUCAUGGGGGCUAAUGAGAAGGGAGCUGGCUGCGUGAAGAUGGUGCAGGUGGGAGGAAGGAUGCCAUGGGGUUCAGUUGGGCUUUUCAGUGCUCCUUAUAGCCAGUGUGGACAAAAAACAAGUCUGUCUUCAUAGUUUUAUUCAGGGAGUUGUUACUUCAUUUGAAACUGAAUGAAAGUAAGUCAUAUCAUGAACAUUAAUGGAAAUAAUCAUUCUACCUGGGAUAGCACAGUUGUCGCUGUUGUUCAACUUAAAACUGUAGGGAAAAGACUGUGAUAAUAACAUGAACUAUUUUAAUAGAGCAGCGCCCAUUGCUGUAUUUUACAUUGCACUCAUCAGCUUAAUAUCUCCUUUAUGCUAACAGCAUUUAGUCCUCUCUCGUUCAUUUAGAAAAAUUAAUUUCUUAUGACAUAUCUCUUUUUAAGUAAAUGUGGAUUUAUGAUCCUAACCCAGAUGGUCGCUAUACUUAAAACUGAAUGGAGUAUCGAGAGCUGAGGCAUAAUAUCAUUAUAUUAUCAUAUUAGCCUGAGACACAUCAGCUUCAGCAGGUUGCUCAGGAAAGGUCCGUAUUUGGCACAUUCACUGCUUGCUCUAACAUUUCAAGGUUUAAAAAGCAGACUAUGAUUACUUGUUUCAAGCUUCAAUAAAUGGCAUCUCUUA